AUUUUUUAUAAAUGCAUACUUAACACAAUUCUUUGUUUUAUAAUAUUGCAUUAUAUCAGUUAAUAUGUUAAGUUUAUCAUUUUUAUAACUAGUUAUUUAAUGCAGCAGUAAUUAUCGACUUCUUUUGUUGGUGACGCCAUCUAGCACAAACGGUGAGAAAUAUUCUUCACUACAAACUUGGGCGUUUUCCCAGCGAUGGCGUCACAGGUACAAAAAACCGCUCAUAAAGCGGCUCAGUGAGCGGUGACUUUUCUGCAUGCUCCCACUGUACUAUCGUCGCGACCAUAAUCGCUUCAAAUAAACGAAUCAAAGCAGAGAAUCUAAGAGAAUCACUAAAACUGAACAGUUGCGUCUCUGCUGAAUGCACUUAAUGAUGAGGUUAUAAACUUUAAAUCAACAUUCGAAGGACUCAUCUUAGUUUUUUUGUAUUUACUCCAAAUCGUCAGAAUCGAUGACAACGGAUUAAUUCGGACGUUUGUGUGUGCAUUUACACAGGCACACACGCACACCCAGAACAGGACACGAACUCGUUUGACCUGUAAAUAGCGAAUGUAUCAAAACAUGAAGAGUAUGUGACAGACAUCGAUUCAUAAUAAUGUAACUGAAGGCACAUCGAAGCUAUAUUCUGUAAAAAAACUAAAACAGUAAUGACAAUCGUGAAAAUGUUGUACUAUAGUACGAAGUUCGUGUAAUGUCAAAUAGAUGUUACAAAAGAAAUCUUUACAACUGUAAAAUUGACUCUGUGGUGAAUUCUUCAAAAUGUCGAGCAUACUUGUGCAGCAGUUUGUCCAAAGACUUAAAUCUAGAAAUGAAGAGGUACGUAACAAAGCUGCGAGAGACCUGUGCCUAUACGUUAAGACAGAGCUGCGGGAAGCAUCACAGGAAGAAAUUACAGCUUUUAUGGAUGAAUUUAAUCACCAUAUAUUUGAAAUGGUAUCUGGAUCAGAUGUAAGCGAGAAAAAGGGAGGAAUAUUAGCCAUAGUAUGCCUUAUCGGAGCUGAUGUAGGCAACAUUAACACCCGGACUAUAAGAUUUGCGAAUUACUUAAGGAAUUUAUUACCCUCGAACGAUGUGGGUGUUAUGGAACUAGCUGCUAAAACUGUUGGAAAGUUAGCGCUAGUUUCGGGGACUUAUACUGCAGAAUAUGUAGAGUUCGAGGUGAAGCGUGCCUUUGAAUGGCUCGGCGGAGAUAGGCACGAGGGUAAGAGACAUGCCGCUGUUCUUGUUUUAAAAGAACUCGCAGUGUCCAUGCCAACAUAUUUUUUUCAACAAGUAACACCAUUCUUUGAACUUAUAUUUAAUGCUAUACGUGAUUCAAAGUCUGUGAUAAGAGAAGGUGCUGUAGAAGCAUUACGGGCUGCUUUAGUUGUUACCGCGCAGAGAGAAACGGCAAAACAAAUGCACAAGUCCCAAUGGUACAAACAGUGCUAUGAUGAAAUCGUAGCAGGUUUCGAGGAAGUUAAUACGAGAGAAAGAGGAGUUAACAGAGACGACAGAAUACAUGGUUCAUUGUUAAUAUUAAACGAAUUACUUAGAUGUAGUAAUGUUCAAUGGGAAAGGAAUUACGAAGCCUUAAUGGAACGAUUAAAUUGUUCGUCGCAACAGAACGAGAACGACAUACUGUCGUUAAUGCCACGAUUAAAAACGACGAUAGUAUCCAAAUGGUCUAGCUCUUCUCAAAAUUCUUCUAAUUCUCAUCAAACAUUGUAUCCAACGCACGAAUCUGCAGUUUGCCGUUGUUUGAUGCAAGAGAGAUUAGACGAUAUCUACAACGACGUAAUGAAUCAGAGAAUGUCUAGAAAUCCACACAUCCAGCAUGCUCUCAUGAUGUUAUUACCAAGACUUGCAGCCUUCAAUAAAGAAAAAUUCACAAAAGAUCACUUAAGAGAAUCAUUGGCAUAUCUUUUGAUGACGUUACGUAGUAGGGAAAAGGAUAGGUAUGCCGCAUUUACUACAAUUGGAUUUAUAGCAGUUGCAGUAGAGGAUUCGAUUAAUCCAUAUCUUCCCAAAAUCAUGGAAAUGAUUAAAAGUUUACUACCAUCUAAAGAAACAUCUACUAAGAAACGCAGUAUUUCCUUGGAACCUGCAGUAUUUGUUUGUAUAACUCUACUGGGACAUGCGGUAAAACAUGUUAUAACCGCGGAUGUGAGAGAUAUAUUAGAAUCUAUGUUAACAACUGGAUUAAGUCCGAUUCUUACAACUUCUCUUAGAGAAUUAGCUCAUAGCGUUCCAAUGUUGAAACCAGAUAUAUCUCAAGGACUUUUAAGAAUGUUAUCUCAAGUUUUGAUGCAAAAGCCUUUAAGACACCCUGGCGCACCAUGGACGGCAACCAGUCCAAUUUCUGCACCACCUACAGAGGUGGACAUUCCAUCCACGGUUCUAGCAUUGAAGACCCUUGGAACAUUUAAUUUCGAUGGUAAUCCGCUUCUGCAAUUUGUAAAACGGUGUGCAGAUCAUUUCCUUACGUUCGAACAGGCAGAGGUUCGGUUAGAAGCUGUAAGAACGUGUUCGAGAUUAUUACGAUUGGCGUUGAAUCAACCAGGACGCACUGUAACUAAUACCGUCUCCACCGUUUUGGGCAAAUUGGUUGUCGUAGGUAUCACAGACACAGAUCCCGAUGUGAGACUUUGGGUUUUAGCUUCCUUGGACGACUCUUUUGAUAUUCAUCUAGCGCAAGCAGAAAACCUUUCCGCGUUAUUCAUCGCGAUGAACGACGAAAUGUUUGAAAUAAGAGAAUUAGCGAUUCGCACAAUUGGACGAUUGAGUACGAUGAAUCCAGCUUAUGUGAUGCCUUCUCUGCGUAAAACGCUCAUACAAUUUUUAAUGGAACUGGAACAUUCGGGUAUGGGUCGCAACAAAGAGCAAGCUGCUCGUAUGUUGGAUCACUUGGUCGUAAGCGCACCGAGACUCAUAAGGCCGUACAUGGAACCGAUCUUGAAAGUUCUCGUUCCAAAGCUAAAGGAACACGAAUCGAAUCCUGGUGUCAUUUUAGCCAUACUGCGCGCUAUCGGGGAUCUAGCAGAAGUUAACGGUGCUGAAAUGCAACAAUGGAUGCCCGAACUUUUAUCUAUACUGCUCGAAAUGCUGGUCGAUGCCAGUUCUCCGGAGAAAAGAGGAGUUGCUUUAUGGGUUCUCGGACAACUAGUCGGGAGUACGGGACACGUUGUAAAGCCGUACAUGCAAUAUCCUUCGUUACUAGACGUAUUGAUAAAUUUUUUGAAAACAGAACAACAACCUAUUAUUCGGAGGGAAACUAUAAGAGUGCUUGGAUUGUUAGGUGCUUUAGACCCUUACAAACAUAAGAUGAAUCUUGGUCAAAUAGAUUCGCAGCUGGAUACUCUCACAUCUAUGGCUGAUACGAAGAGCGAUACCGAAAAUACCCAAGACUUGACAACUAGCGAGAUGUUAGUGAACAUGUCUUCGUCUACUUUAGAAGAAUAUUAUCCAGCGAUAGCCAUAGCAACGCUUAUGAGGAUCAUUCGCGAUCCAACGUUAUCGCAACAUCAUACCAUGGUAGUUCAAGCGGUAACUUUUAUAUUUAAAAGUUUAGGAAUUAAAUGCGUGCCAUACAUUUCUCAAGUGAUGCCAAGUUUCCUCAAUGUAGUACGUAUGGCUGAUGUUACUUUUCGCGAAUAUCUGUUUCAACAGCUGGCUAUCCUUAUCGCCAUUGUGAAGCAGCAUAUCAGAAAUUAUUUGGACGAUAUAUUCAAUUUGAUCAAAGAAUUUUGGACCGUGAACAGUCCAUUACAAAAUACCCUGAUACUUUUAGUCGAACACAUCGCUGUCGCACUGGGUGCAGAAUUUAAAAUUUAUUUACCACAAUUAAUGCCGCAAAUAUUAAGAGUCCUAACGCACGACACAAGUAAGGAUAGAUCAGUAACUGUGAAACUUCUUCAAGCGCUUCAGAAAUUUGGGAAUAACUUGGACAAUUAUCUUCAUCUCGUGCUACCACCAAUUGUGAAAUUAUUUCAUGCCACGGAUUGUCCUAUAGCAGUCAAUAAAGUGGCUUUAGAAACUGUUGAUCAUCUGGCUGAUACGCUAGACUUCACAGAUUUUGCAUCCAGAAUCGUACAUCCUUUGGUGCGAACUCUAGAUCAAUGUCCAGAGUUACGUAGCACAGCAAUGGACACGUUAUGCGCGCUAAUAAUUCAACUAGGGAAAAAGUAUCAGAUCUUUAUUUCGUUAGUACAAAAAAUUAUGACGAAACAUAAGAUUAUUAAUGCGCGUUACGACGUUCUAAUCGAUAAAAUUUUGACAGAAACUACCGUGGCUGAUGGGGAAGAUUUCUUAUUAAUGAGACACCGGCAUUCAAGAAAUAAAAAUCGUGAUAUGCCUGUAACGUCGUCGGACACAACUACGAUUAAAAGAUUGCACGUAUCUGCUUCGAAUCUUCAAAAAGCAUGGACAGCGACGAGGAGAGUUUCAAAGGAUGAUUGGCUGGAAUGGCUGAGGAGUUUGUCGAUUGGUUUACUCAAGGAAUCACCGUCGCCAGCGUUAAGAUCUUGCUGGGCCCUUGCACAGACUUAUUCCCAGUUACCUAGAGAUUUAUUCAACGCAGCGUUCGUUUCUUGCUGGACCGAGCUGAAUGAUACAUACAAAGCGGAACUUAUACAAACUUUGCAACAAGCGCUGAUGGUUCCUGACCUUCCAGAGAUAACUCAGACAAUUUUAAACCUAGCAGAGUUUAUGGAACAUUGCGACAAGGGACCGUUGCCGUUGGACAAUAAGAUAUUAGGCGAACGAGCAAUGCACUGCAGAGCUUACGCGAAAGCUCUCCAUUAUAAAGAAGAUGAAUUUCAUAAAAGCAGGAAUAGUAACGUCUUCGAAUCUUUGAUUUCUAUUAACAACAAACUUCAGCAAAAAGAAGCUGCCGAAGGUCUGUUAGAGUACGUUAUGAAUCAGAACAAUCAACAAGAUCUAAAAGUGCAAGUUCGGUGGUAUGAGAAACUGCAUAAUUGGGAUAAAGCGUUGCAACUGUACAGAGAAAGAUUGGAAAGUGAUCCCAACGAUGUGGAAUCUACUCUGGGCGAGAUGCGUUGCUUGGAAGCGCUUGGGGAAUGGGGACAGUUACACGAUGUCGCCACCAAACAGUGGUCAGAUCAAAGCGUUGAAACAAAACAAAGAAUGUCUAGAAUGGCAGCAGCUGCGGCAUGGGGUUUAAGUCAAUGGGAAAGCAUGGAAAAAUACGUCUCGUUAAUACCGAAAGAUACACAGGACGGUGCCUUCUAUCGAGCUGUUUUGGCAAUUCACGAUGAACAGUACAAUGUUGCUCAUCAGCUCAUCGACAGUGCUAGAGAUUUGCUGGACACAGAAUUAACCGCUAUGGCGGGUGAAAGUUAUCAGAGAGCUUACAAUGCCAUGGUAGAGGUUCAAAAGCUGGCAGAAUUAGAAGAAGUGAUACAAUUUAAGCUGGUCCCAGAAAGAAGAUCGACUAUUAAAUCUAUGUGGUGGGAGAGGCUUCAGGGUGGGCAAAGAAUAGUCGAAGAUUGGCAAAAGAUCAUACAGGUCCAUACAUUAGUGGUUUCACCUCAGGACGAUAUGUACACGUGGCUGAAGUAUGCGAGUCUCUGCAGAAAGAACGGUAGCUUGAUGUUAUGUCACAAAACGUUAGUUAUGUUACUUGGAUCGGAUCCAUCGUUGACUCCUGAUCAACCUUUAUCAACCACUCAUCCACAAGUAACGUUUGCUUACUGCAAACAUAUGUGGGUCGCCAAUAAACGGGAAGAGGCAUACAGUCAACUCCAAAAAUUUGUACAAACAUCUUUGCAACCAACUACUGUAUCAGCGGUGAAUCAGGAAGAUGAGAAACAACAAGAAGCAAGGAAAAGGUUGCUAGCCAGGUGUUAUUUGAAGCUUGGAGAAUGGUUAGAAGCCCUGCAGGGUAUAAACGAACAUUCUAUACCAGCAGUGUUAUCUUAUUAUGCCGCAGCUACGGAACACGAUCCAACUUGGUACAAAGCAUGGCACGCCUUCGCGUAUACUAACUUUGAAACUGUUUUAUUUUAUAAGCACCAGCAGGGCGAUUCGAACGUCGAAUGUACUUCAGGCAAUGGAACGCGUAGCAAUCUCUCUAGUUCGCAAUAUAUAUCCAAAUUCACUGUGCCAGCAGUAGAAGGAUUUUUUAGGUCCAUUAAUCUGUCUCACGGUAAUUCGUUGCAAGAUACUCUUCGUUUACUAACAUUGUGGUUCGAUUAUGGUCAAUGGCCAGAAGUGUACGAGGCUAUCGUCGAAGGCAUCCGAUUGAUCGAAAUUAAUACUUGGCUGCAAGUGAUUCCUCAACUUAUAGCAAGGAUAGAUACGCCUAGAGCUUUGGUUGGUCGAUGUAUUCAUCAUCUCUUAAUAGAUAUUGGAAAAACGCAUCCCCAGGCUUUAGUGUACCCUUUGACCGUGGCAUCGAAGAGUGCUAGCCAUGCUAGGAAAACGGCUGCGAACAAAAUCCUUAAGAGUAUGUGCGAACACAGCCCAACUCUGGUACAACAAGCAAUGAUGGCCAGCGAUGAAUUGAUCAGAGUCGCGAUUCUUUGGCACGAACUCUGGCAUGAAGGACUAGAAGAAGCCAGUAGAUUGUACUUUGGAGAAAGAAAUGUCCAAGGAAUGUUUGAUACAUUGGAACCUCUACACGCUAUGCUAGAGAGAGGUCCGCAAACUUUGAAAGAAACAUCGUUCAACCAAGCUUAUGGGAGAGAUUUAAUGGAAGCACAAGAAUGGUGUCAUAGAUACAAACAAUCGUGUAACGUCCGAGAUUUAAAUCAAGCCUGGGAUUUAUAUUAUCAUGUCUUUAGGAGGAUAUCGCGGCAGUUGCCACAGUUGACUAGUUUAGAACUUCAAUACGUCAGCCCAAAGUUACUCCUUUGCAGGGAUUUGGAACUAGCUGUACCAGGAAGUUACAGUCCUGGACAGCCAAUAGUUAGAAUAGCGAGUAUACAUAGUUCUAUGCAAGUAAUAACGAGUAAACAACGACCACGAAAAUUGUGUAUAAAAGGUAGUAAUGGUAAAGAUUACAUGUUCCUCUUGAAAGGACACGAAGAUCUCAGACAAGAUGAACGUGUAAUGCAAUUAUUUGGUCUAGUCAACACUCUUCUAUUGCACGAUCCAGAUACGUUUAGAAGAAAUCUUACUAUUCAAAGAUACGCUGUAAUUCCAUUGUCUACAAAUAGUGGUUUGAUCGGUUGGGUCCCGCAUUGUGAUACAUUGCACACAUUAAUUAGAGAUUAUAGAGAAAAGAAGAAAAUAUUACUCAACAUAGAACAUAAGAUUAUGUUACGAAUGGCACCAGGUUACGACCACCUUAUGCUUAUGCAAAAGGUUGAAGUAUUUGAACACGCAGUCGAGCAUACGCAUGGUGACGAUUUGUCACGGCUUCUUUGGUUAAAGUCACCGUCAAGCGAAGUGUGGUUUGAUCGUAGGACGAACUAUACGCGUUCCCUUGCCGUAAUGUCUAUGGUAGGGUACAUUCUGGGCCUUGGAGAUCGACAUCCAUCAAAUUUGAUGUUGGACCGUUUAAGCGGAAAAAUACUACACAUUGACUUCGGGGACUGCUUUGAAGUGGCUAUGACUCGUGAGAAAUUCCCAGAAAAAAUACCAUUCCGGUUAACUCGAAUGUUGAUCAACGCGAUGGAAGUAACAGGAAUCGAGGGCACGUACAGAAGAACUUGCGAAUCGGUAAUGUCGGUGUUGCACCGUAACAAAGACAGUUUAAUGGCGGUGUUGGAGGCAUUCGUUUACGAUCCUCUUUUGAACUGGAGAUUAAUGGACAAUGCCACGCCAAAAAGUAAAAGAUCCGAUGCUCAAGGGAUGAGUGCCAGCAGUAAUCAAGAGCAUAGCGAUACAUUGGAUUCUCUUACCGCCACAUUACCAAAAAAAGGAGUACCAUGUAGCGUAGAAAAUGGAGCAGGUGACACUAAUCAACCGGAAGCAUUGAAUAAAAAAGCUCUUGCUAUCAUAACAAGAGUGAGGGACAAGCUAACCGGACGUGAUUUCUCUCACGAGGAAUCGCUGAGCGUUCAACGUCAGGUUGACCUUCUAAUUCAGCAAGCUACUAAUAAUGAAAACUUAUGCCAAUGUUAUAUUGGAUGGUGUCCUUUCUGGUAAACCGAACUUUUCCAUGAAGAUUUUGAACGUGUACGAACUAUAUGCAGUCUUGUUCCUGUCUUUGCAUUUUUAUUGCUAAGAAAUAAUUAUACCCAAUAUCACAAUAUUCUAGCACUAUUGUACAUAUAUAAACUGUAUUAUUAUAUUGAUUGUAUAUAAACUCGUGUUACUUUUGCUUUUCGGGCAUAAUGUAUAGUAGAAAACAACGCAAUUUAGAAACUGCAUGAUAAUCAAUUACAGUCAUAGGUUAGUUUUUCUUUACGCGGACACGAAAAAACUGCUCAGGAAAAUAAAAAUACUGUAACGAUAAUUUUCUGUUCGGAAUUGUCUCUGUAUUUAUUAAAACUUGUAUAAAAACUGACAAUUCAAUUAUUAGGAUUAUACAAAUGAUACACUGACAUUAUUAUAGUUAAGUUUGUAUAAUGUAACACUAACUGUAUUCCAAUAUUGAAGAUAACAAUUUUGUAGCAAAAAAAAACAAAUCAGUAUUAAUUCAA